AUGGCCGUUCUAUCUCUUCUGGAACAUCUUCCGCUAGAAUGCGGGGGCACCAUAAACCUUCCAAGCUUAGCCAUAGAUCCGCCUAGCUCCGUACCACCUGAGCUUUUGCCCACCACUCUGCAGAAAUCCACACCUCAUGCGUACUGGAUAGACAUAUUCCCAUGCCACGUCAUGCGAGAUAAUCUGAUUCGUCUUUACGGGCAAUAUGAUACUCAUGACCUGCAGCGUGAUCUGGCGAAGAGUUUGUACGAAGGAUUUGUUGAUGGAGAGCAGCGCGGCUGCUUGGUUUGGGGUGAGCCAUGGACAGUCAACGGCUGGGAAGUCUUCUGGCAUCAACGAAUCGCUGGAGAGAAUCCCGAGGUGAAGAUGGAAUAG